UCUAAUUUUACGCAAAUAUUUUGAAGUAAUAUGUGGCUUUUAUUUAUAUUCAGUUUGUUUAUAUUUUCGAAAGGACUCUUGGCAAAAAAUCCAGGAUUCAGACUUCAGAUAACGCAAAAUGGGAUAAAUAUUGUGAAUACUGUGGCAGCUGAUUUACUUUCCAAGAAUGUAAACACAAUGAAGAUUUCAAAACAAACUGGACGUGACAUCAACGUUAAUUAUGAACUGAGAGAUAUUAAGAUUAAAAAGUUUCAACUUGGAAAGAGUAGUUUUACACGAUAUACAGAAAAUAGCCUCAGAUGGACUGCAGAAAAGAUUGAUUUGGAUAUUGACGGCCAAUAUCAAUAUGAAUAUAGCAGAUUUUUCGUCAAGCAUUCAGACAAAGGAAGCUUCACGGUGAAUUUUUCAACAAUGUCAUUCAAAAUUAUAAUACAAUUAGGGACAGAUGGAAGUGGAAGACCAACUGUAAGGGCUUAUCAAUGUUUACAUACAUAUGGUCCAAUAAAGUACGUAUUUCAUGGUGGAAAAGACUGGAUAUUCAAACUAUUCGCAGAAAAGGCUAUUCAGGGUAUUCGUAAUCAAUUCCAGAACAAUUUGUGUGGAAUCUUAAAAGAUCUUGUCGAGAAGAAUGCACAGAGAAUUGUUUCAAAUGUGAAAGUAAGGAUUCCGCUUGGAAAUUCCAUGAUGGUUGACUAUAGGCUUCCAUCCAUUCCAAGUGUGUCAACGAACUAUUUAGAAGUACACCUCAAGGGAACGGUAUUAUGGCGUAAUAGUCAAAAUGAAGCACCAUAUUCAGCCGCUUCUUUUCCAUCCAAUUACGACACUACAAAAAUGGCCUACAUAGCAAUAUCUGAUUAUCUUUUCAAUACUAUGAUUUUCCAAGCUUACAGGCACAACAUGCUUGUGUUCAACAUAACGUCAACAAACAUUGGAUGUAGGAAGAGUAUGCUGAACACCACAUGCUCAGAUAAAUGCAUUGGAAAACUAAUUCCGCAGAUUGCGAAGUCCUUCCCAAAUAGUUCAGUAGAGCUUCAUAUGAUGAGUACCAAACAACCAGUAACUAACAUAAAUGGUAUUGUUAGUGUGACAGCAGAAGGGAAUAUUAGUGUGUAUGUCAGAAAACUGGACAACAGUCGUCAAUACUUGUUUAGAGUUUCAGCGGUUGGAGGAUCGAAAGUAAACCCAAGGCUAAAUGAUAGGAUGCUUUAUGGGCAAUUAGCAAGGAGCGAGAUUCAGACAAACGUCACAGACUCUGUAAUUGGUGCAAUAGAUGAAAAAGCAUUACAAUUUCUGGCAGAUGACAUUCUGAUGCCAACUUUAGCACCAAUGGUAUCCGGUCUGUGUAAAAGAGGAUUUCCACUACCAACAAUAGACAGCUUUCAAUUCCUACAACCUGAACUGAAACUAAGGAAGAAUGCAAUCCUUAUUGAGACAAAUCUUAAGUACAUUCCAAGGAGGGGAAAGUCAACUGUCCUAAGAUUUUUGCCAAAAGAAGAGAUUUACCAGGAAAACAUUUAUUCAUGAAGCAAAGGCGAAAAAAGAAACCAUGUAAAAUUGUUUGAUAGAACUUUAUGGACUUAAUUGUUCUUCGUGGGAAAAAAUACAAUCAUUAUGAUGAAUACAGAUACGUUGAAAAAGUAAAUGAUUUAGCAUUGCACAUAAGACCAUGUUAUUAUGUAAUAGUAUUGUUUCAGCCUGUUUUAAUCAUCAUUUUGUCAUUUUUCAACUAACAUAUAGACCGAUUUUCACAGUAGGGAAUUUAAAUGCCAGAAGACCCAGUUCAAAUAUUUGAUGGCCUUUUUUAAAAGUUUGUGCAACAUUUGGCUCAAUUUGUUUGGGUUUGGAUAAAUAUCCAUUUGUUGUAUUUAACUGCAAAUCGUUUCAACGUCUCAAGUCAUUUUCACAGAAUGGGCCAAUGUUCAUUGACAUGUCUAUUUUGAUGCUCCUACGACAAAAUGCCAGUUUACUUCUCGUUCAGUUUUCAAGCUAGAACUUUUAUAGAUGCAUUUAUAGGUUUUUAGUUCCUUUGCCAAGGGUGUUAUACUGUAAUGAUUUUUAUGGGUUUUUUUUAUAUUCUUUUCACAAAUGACUGGUUGCUAAACUUUGUUAUUUGUAGUGAAAUUAUACAUGCGGUAUCAUGGAUUGCCUUGCUAACUCCUCUAUAAAAUUCCAGCUAGAACUGGUAUAUCAUACUGAUUGUUUGUAAAUAAACGAAGCCACUGCAAAUUAUCUGAAUUUUGAUUUUUGUAAACUUUCGAAAAAUGCGAGAUGUUGAGAGUAAUUAUUUUUAUGCGUGCCCUUUGACAAACAGUCACAUAGUUUACCGUUGUCGUUACACAUGGGUGUAAAAUGUAUUUAUGGUGAAUUUUCAUGUGGUAAAUAGCAUUUUGGACAAAUUGUUUUUCGUGUCAGUUCCACAGUUACCAAGUACAGUUGUCCACCCAUUUCAAGUUGUACGUCAACAUCACUAAUUUAUUGUUAACGGAACAACAACCAUGCGAACGGCAGGAGCAUCGUCUCUGUCUAGUUAAAUAUACUUAGAUGUUGGGUGUUCUGUUCAGGUGAUAUUUCCUAUUCUUAUAUAUAUUUUUUUAUAUUCUUUUCUUUGUAUUAUUUUAUACCUAAUUCCUGGAAUAAAACUCUUUAAUGAGUAUGAAAUCUGCAAUACCUUCAGUUUUUAUGACGUAAAGAAUUUUUAAACGAUCAGUCGGCCUUUUACAUCGGGAAAAUGAAAGUUUGUUAAAUUAAAUUUUCAUCAUUCAUGGUGUUUUUUUGUGUUUUUUGUUUUAUUUAUUGAUAAUUUUAAUUUGAUUAGGGUGAUAAAGGUAUACUUUAUUAAAUUUAUUUGUACCUUAUCGUUUUCAAUAAUGAUCUAUCGCGUUCGUAAGCAGGUGAUCGUUCACUAUAAUCAAUAAGUAUAAAUUUUUAGUUAUAUAUGUAAGGGAUUUGGAAAGAAAUCAUACAUCAGUUUUCAAACAGAUUUUUACAUAUCUGAGUAUCAUUUAAAGUUCCCAAUUUAAAGAAAUUACAAAACCAAAUUUUGCAUUUCCCCUCCAUUAUAAAAAUAAGGAGAUGUGGUAUGAUAUUGUUCAGUCAAAAACAAAGAGCUUACUGUCCAUUAAUCUGUGACAUGUUAUUAAUAUGUAGGUUAUAAUAAUGAUGAGGUAAGUUUUUUUCAACUGAUUUUUAUAGUCUGCUCUCAUGAUGUACUCCUACACCACUGUCACAGGUUAGGGGAGGGUUUGGCGCCAGCAAACAUGUUUAACCGCGCCACAUUCUGUAUGUGCCUCUCCCAAAUCAGGUGCAUGUAAUUCAGUAGGUGUUGUUUGUUGUUCUAUAUCAUAUUUGUUUUUCGUUUAUUGUUUUGUACAUAAAUCAAGCAGUCAGUUUUCUCGUUUGAAUUGUUUAACAUUUGUCAUUUUGGUGCCUUUUAUUACUCACUAUGCGUUUUGAGUUUUGUUCUUUGUUAAAGGUCUUGCAGGUACCAGUCUUGUAUUACAACUCCAGUAUCCGGUGCAUGUCAAAACAUGAAGUGAAAUAAAAUAGUCCAUUUUUUCUGAAUUUUUAUCUGAACUCAAUUUUUUCUGUUUGAUUAAAAGUUUAUGCUGAGUUGAAACAUAUAUUUAGAUUUAAAAAAAAUAUUGCAUCUUUUUGGGGAUAUCAAACCAGGAAAGAGGAAAGAUAUCAUGUUUACUGUAAGUGGUGCGGCCUAGUAAAAACAGCAAAAAGAAAGUAGAAAAAAAAUAGUUUUGACUUCAGGGUUUCAUAACUUUUUAUUCUUCGUGGCAUGAUUCAAUUUUGUUUUGAUUAAAUCACAAUUUCACAUUACUACAUACAUGAUAUGUACAUGAAAAAAAAUUCUAUGAAGCAUCUUAUUUUUAAAAAAACUUCAAAGAUCAGCUGUUUUGCAUGUAAGCCUAUGGAGUAGUCAAUUACAAGACUGCAACCUGCAGUGUUUUAUAGAUGCUUAAAACCUCUACAUGUACGUCAUUUUUGUCUCUAAUCGUACUAUAUCUUAUUAUUUUUAUAUAGCUCUUUUUAAUCUUGUACAUUCUUUUAGCUUCAUACAAUCUUUAUUCUUUAUUCUGUUACAAAGAAAAACUAUUUUAACAUAUUUCUAAAAAUAAAUAUGAUCAAAAUAUAUAUACUUAUACUUGUAAAAAAAUAUGAUUGUAAAUAAAGCUAAAAAUACCAAUUUUAA